AUGCCGGUCGUUGCUCGAACACAGCGGAGGUCCGGCUUCUGCGUUUUUGGGAGGCGAGAAACACCAGCAGGAACAGCGGACGGUCCGGCGACACUGAUGCAAGCUUCUAUUGCUGCCGAUCGACAGAUGAGAUUCCAGCAGUCCCUCAAAGAAGGUUCUCUGUACAGCCUAACUGAGUUUGAUGUCAUGCGCAGCAACCCAAAAUACCGGUUAUCUGAUGCGACUCUCUCCAUACGGUUCAAUGAUGGGACUUUCUUUGAGAAGAUUGAAACCACAGCCCGAACCAUACCAACCGAGCUCUUCCGAUUUCCAUCCUACAAAACCAUACUUGCGUUAGGCAACACCGGCAAAGAACUCCCAGAGAAAUUAGGAGCACGAUCACUGAUCGUAUACCAGGGGCACAACGUAGACGUGAACGUUUGUGUAAGUAUGUUUGACUCUCAGGCUCUUGCAUUCCAUAGUCGUUUGGAAAGCUUCGGGAGAAAGCCCAGGGUUGUUCUUGUCACAAGCGUCAAUCCGAAAAUAGUGGUGUGUCAAACCAGUCUGGGUCUCCAUCGAAGGUGGUUCACUCAGAAGAUUGAACCUCUUACCGUUUCUGAGUUAAAGCAGUUUGUUAUCACAGCUGAACCUCAGAUUAUUGAAUUCCUCUGUACGGCCAAAGUUACAGAGAUUCAGAAAGAUGAGGGCUGGUGCCAUAUCGGCUGUUCCAAAUGUUCCAAGAAACUUAUCCGAGAGGAAAAUUCCUUCACAUGUGUACACUGCAAUGAAAGUAAUCUUGUAGCGGAGCUCAGGUACCGGGUGAUACUCUGUGUGUCAGACGCCAGUGACACAGCUUUGUUUCUUGGUUUUGAUACGGAAGUUGCUAAGCUAACACUAAUUCAAGCUUCUGAGGCUGCUCAAAUAGUGGUUGCUGUCACAGAGGUACUUGGAGGUGGUCGCUUCUUUGUUCAGUCGGUCGGAGACCAAAAACUAGCUUUGAUUCAGAACCGUCUUGCAUCUAUGUUUGCUAAAGAGGGGUGA